AGUUGGCUGAACUUCCCCCAGAGCUGCAGACAUAGACACUCACUUAGCCAAGGGGGAAUCUCAUAAUGUAAGGAGGGGGUUGAAGUCUUUCGUACAGUAGCUUUAGGGAAGAGGAGUAUAUAGUAUAAUGCAAACUAAGCGCAAGAAAAAGACUUUUAAAUAGAUACGACGUUGGAUACAAAACAUCUGGGUAGAUAUUUGAAAAGAGACUACAGAGAGUGUGGACCAUGUAAACUUGUGCAAACCUCUGAGCUGUGAAGUAGUGGGAUCCUAAGGGAUAAGAGGCUAAAGCACUGACUGCCUAUGGAGAAAGAGGUCCAGAGGAGGACAGGACUGCUGUGGAUGGCCACCCCGCUGCUCUUCAAGACAUGGCCCUGAUGUUAUGGCUCAGGAUGCACUUGAAGAGAAGACCAUUUGUUCGCCUCUGUCUUUUGUUCAUCUUCUCUCUGGUGUUAAUUAACAGUUUUCCUGCAUUGCCUACAGACACAAAUGGAGUUACUGAUCAUCAACGAUCACAACACAGAAAAGUAGACCGACAUAAGCGACUAUGGACUGACACCACAGACUCCAGUCCUGGCCUUUUUCAAACUGCUGACCACAAAAGUUUGGAAUCUGGCCUGAACAGUUACCAGGUAGACAUGUGCUCAUUUCUGAACUCCAGCCACAGCUGUAAGGAAAAACAUUAUUUAGGUCAGCUUAGCAAGCAAGCCGGAUGGAAAAUUAAUUAUUAUCAAACCAAAGAGAAGAGAUCUGUAACCAAAAAACAGUUACUUGCUGUAAGCCAUGCCACAGAAACAAAACCAAAGAGCCUUAUACUGGUAGCCAAUAUAAACAAAGUUAUACAUAAUUAUUCAGGUCAAAGAGGAAUCCUUGCAGGCAAUGAUCCUCAUAAUCUAAAGAAAAGUGUCAUAUAUCUUCCAAUGCCAGUUUUAGUGGAAAACAAUAAUUUUGAAAAAUCUAAAACUAAACUUCAAUCCCUGCUCAAAAACUAUUCAAUAGGUCUACCAGAAUCUCAACCCCACAAAACAGAUGAACAUGUGUUUCCAUUAGCUAGGUUUCCAGCCUUGCAGGACACAGACUCUGCAAGCAAUGGGGAAAGAGCCAGGGAGAACUUGAGUAAUACAACGGCUCCAUUCCAGGACUCUUCAGUAAACUAUAAAAUCAAUUUAGUCUCUGACUGCAUAAAAUUCCAGUCUAAAAAGUCUAAGCAAUAUCUUAAAGAAGAAAGGUUCACUGAGAAUGCUCCUCCUUGGUUUACAUCAGAUGAUUUGCAGAAGAUGAAGUUGCUCUCUGAGGGGGGAAUUGUAGCAAAAUCAAGAAUCCCUGCUCACGGACAGGUUCUUAAAGUUGCACUUUGUGCCAGCCAAAUGGAUGAACAAUGUCAUCAAAAGAAUCAUUGCAACCAAGGCUUAUGUGGGUUAAUUAAAAGACCAAGUGAUUUAUAUGAAGUUCUAGCUUUCCAUCUUGAUAGGGUUCUUGGGUUGAAUCGUAGCCUCCCAGCAGUUGCCCGAUUAUUUACAGACAACAUAUUGCCAUACAAGUAUACCAAUGGUGCACCAAGGCCAAUUGUGUGGUGGGCACAUGACAUUAAACAUUUAAAUGACACCAACAAUGACCAGAAUUCUCAUGCUCUGGGCUGGCUGGAAUAUCAGCACAUGUUAAAGCAUAGGUGUGGGAUGGAGGACUCUCUUACUUCCAUGGAUACAGCCCCAUGUGUUGGCAUUAAACAUACAGAGUGGUCUAAAUUGGCUUUGUUUGAUUUUCUCCUGCAGGUUCAGGAUCGACUAGACAGAUACUGCUGUGGAUUUAACCCUGAUCCAACAGAGCCUUGUGUGGAGGAGCUGCUACAUGACAAAUGUCGCAACCAGAAUGAACUUGUUUUAGUACAUAUUCUGGUGCGUCAUAGCGACCCUUCUCACUUGGUUUACAUUGACAAUGCUGGGAGGCCCAAUCACCCUAAUAACAAUUUGAAUUUUAGGAUUUUGCAAGGAAUUGAUGGGUUCCCUGAAUCAGCAGUGAAAGUGCUGAGGUCGGGAUGUUUACAGGACAUGCUAUUAAGGUCACUGGAGAUGGACCAUAUAUUCUGGAGCAGCCAAGGAGGCUUCAAGGGAGUAAAGAAAUUGGUAGAAACCAUUCAGCAGAGAGGACAGAUCCUUUUGGAGUACAUAGAAAAACACACAAUACCCCUUAUUUCUCACCUGUAACUACCUGUUCACCUCCAAGAACUGGAAAAUUUAGAGAUAUGAGAUAACAACAACAAAAAGAUAUAAAAAAAAAAGCUGUUGAAAAUGAUUUAAAAAAAAGGGUUAAAAAAAAUAAGCUAUAAAGUCUGUACAACAUAGACAAGCGACAAUGUCACGUGGGCGGCUCCAUGGCAGCUGUAGAUAGGAAAAAUAGCUAAAAAUAAAAGAGAAAACACUCUGACCAAAAGGACAAUUAACAAAAUGUGAAAAAAAAAAUCCAGCAUGAGAUAAAAAAGGCCACAUUUUAUUUCUCCAUAAUUAAAAUCCACAGGGAUGACUAAGAACAGGCUACACAUUCUAAAAGGGUGAGCAGGUCUAGUCACCAAAGAUAUGUCUCUGUGGAUUUUAAGUAUGAAGAAAUAAAAUGUGGCCUAGUGCCUUUCACCUCAUGCUGGAUCUCAGCAGUCUGUAACCAGGGAGCCUGUCAGUAUUUCAUACUGUACGUCGUUCAGGCAGUAUGAAUCGCCUGCCAGAUUCCCGUUACCAUGUAUCACUUAGGCCUCAUUGAUGCAGGUGUAGUUUGGUCAAUAUUUUGCAUGAGCAUUCGUAAGCCAAAACCAGGAGUGGAGCCAAAGAGGAAGAGGUGCUAUACUGUAUUUAUAUUAUACUUUUUUUCUGUUUAAAGGUUUUUUACAGGUGUUUAAUAUUGUUGAACUAUCCUCAGGAUAGGUCAUCAAUUAUCGAUUGGUGGGGGUCCAACACCUUACACCCCCACCGAUUGGCUGUUUGAGAAGCCCAUGGUGCUCCGGUGAGAGCACUGCACAUAUAUUGGAUAGCGACUGUUCUUGGUAUUGCAGCUCAGCCCCAUUAACACCAGGAUGUCAAACUCGUGGCCCUUCAACUACUACUUCCAUCAUGCCCAGGCAGCCAACAGCUAUCAGGGCAUGCUAGGAAUGAUAGUUUUGCAACAGCUUGAGGGCCAUGAGUUUGAAAUUCCUGCUUUAAUAAGACAGCUGCUCCUAGGCCAUGUGACUGAUGAACGAUGUCAUUGGCCUAGGAAGAGACUGGAGCGCAGUAGUCUCUUCAAAUAGCUGAUCAGCAGGGGUGCCAAGAGUUGAACCCCCGUCAAUAUGAUAUUGGCAGCCUAUCCUGUACAGUAGCUCAGUGGUUGGCACUGGUCCCUUGCUGCGCUGGCGUCAUAGGAUCGGAUCCAACAAAGAACAUCAUCUGACUGUUCCUCCCAGACUCCAAAGACACUUAGGCCCCUUUCACACGGGCGUUGCAGGAAAAUGUGCGGGUGCGUUGCGGGAACACCCGCGAGUUUUCCGCGCGAGUGCAAAAUAUUGUAAUGCGUUUUGCACUCGCGUGAGAA